AUGGCAUACGCAUGGCUGCAUGGCAGUAUGCCACUGCUUGCAAAGCAGCAAAAGUGUGGUGCAAGGUCGAACCAGUCUGUACGCUCCCAGCAGUCCUUCCGCUCGGGUCCGGUGGGGGAGGGCGACCGCAGCCCUGAAGACUCUGGCACACUGCGUGCCCCGCCGCGCGUGGAGCCCGUCAAAGUCGAAGCUCGAAUACCGGAGGAUGAUGGACCAACACCCAGCAAGCUGCAGAGGAGGGUCAGCGCUGGAUGCUUGGCGGAGGCCGACCGUCCAAAGACAAUGCUGAAGAGACGAGUGUCCUUCGACGAGGUCUUGUACAUGCAGCACAUGGUGCCCGUGGUGCCAAACCAGUUGCCAGCCGCGGCCGCGUCGCCGUCCCCGAAGAGCUCGCCAGCGAAUUCACACCACUCACACUCCGGCUCCGAAGGCUCUGAUGGCUGA